AUGGUGGGUUACAAGAUAUCGGGCCCCGACGAGUAUCUGGCCAUCACGGGAUGGCGCAUCCGCAAUGUCAAGAUUACCAAAGCCUGCCUGGUCUUGCCGUUCCAACGCUGCACGCGCUUCAGCGUCCAGCCGCAUGACUACGCCAUGGACCUGCAAGCCAUGACAAAGGAGAAGCUCCAAUUCGAGCUGCCCGUAGUCUUCACCGUCGGCCCGGACGUUGAUGCCCGCGGCGCCGACCCAUGCUCAAUGGACCACGGCGAGCGCAGCGGCGAUGCCCUCGAGAAGUACGCCACGCUGCUGGCGGGCUCCGAAGACAAGAAGGCCGAUCCACGAGUCCACGUCUCUAGCAUCGUCAAGGGAAUAAUUGAGGGUGAAACGCGUGUCCUGGUGUCGAGUAUGACGAUGGAGGAGAUCUUCACUGAGCGGGAGUUGUUCAAGAAGCGCAUCUUUCGCAACAUCCAAUGCGAACUCGACCAGUUUGGUGAGUUGAAGGAUGCCCCCGGAUCCGUCUACUUCGCGUCCCUGUCUCGCAAAGCCCACGAAGGCGCCAUCAACCAAGCCAGGGUCGACGUCGCAGAGGCCCAGCGUCGAGGCAACACGGGCGAGGCACAGCGCAAGGGCGAGCAGGACCGGGAAAUCGCCAAGAUCUAUGCCGAAACGGCCGUCCAGAAGACACAGCGGGACAUUGAACGAGCCAAGGCAGAAGCUCACCUCCAAACGGAGCAGACACACUUCAAGCGCGACGUCGAGGUCGAACGCGUCGAGGCGGAGCGCGCGGUCCAGUCCAAGGACGAGGACUUGAAGAAGGAGGUCGAGAUCAAGCGCGCCGCCGCCGAGAUGGAGCGGCUUCGCGCCAAGGACGUCGUGCAGGCUGCCAUUGCGCGCGAGAGCAAGCAGCACGCCGCCGACGCCGCGGCGUACGAAGUCAGCGUCAACGCGCGCGCCAGGCAAGAGGCCGCCCGGCUUGCAGCCGACAACGAGGCCUACAUGACGCGCCUCAACGCCGAAGCCAGAAGCCACGCCGCCCAACAGACGGCCGACUCGGAGGCCUACAGGACGCGCACCGAGGCCGAUGCCGAGAACUACGCCGCCAAGCAGGGCGCCGAAGCCAACGUCUUCCAGCAAAUCAAGGAGGCAGAGGGCAUCUCAGCAAUGGCCGACGCGUACGGAAAGCUGGCGAGAGCGUUUGGCGGACCCGCCGGUCUUAUCCAGUACAUGAUGAUGGAGAAGGGCACCUACGUCGAGUUGGCCAACGCCAAUGCCAACGCCAUCCGCGGCCUAGAGCCCAAGAUCAGCGUCUGGAACACGGGGAGCAACAACGUCGGCGGCGAGGCGGGCGGCGAUGCCUCUGCUGCCGUGCGCAACGUCUACCAGAUGCUGCCGCCGCUGAUGACCACAAUCAACGAGCAGACGGGCAUCACCCUGCCCGAGUGGCAGUUUGGAAAGCUCGACGCCGGCAUGCGGGCCAUCAACCAGAGCGCUGCCAAUGGCCAAGAUUCUUCAGGUAGGUCCAUCUCGCCAGAGUGA